AUGCAUGCCGCCGGCUGUACGAUGCUCGCUUGCUGGUCGUUCUCGCGCGUGUCCUCCUUCUUUUUAACGGGCUAUCGUGUCUUUGCAGACGAGAACGGGCAGUGCGGCAGCGCGGACAAGAGCAACGACGAGGAGGCGGAAGUGUGCGAGGUGCCGUUCCACGGCCAGCUGACGAUGAACUACCUGCUCUGCGACUCCUCGAUCCUGAACAGCGUGGAGACCAACGUGGUGCAGAAAAGCGCGAAGACCUGUCAGCAAUUCCGCUGUGACGGCUGCGGCAGAGCUUACACGCGAGUCGACAGCCUGAAGCGUCAUCAGCAGAAGUGUGACGAAUUCUUGGCGUCCUUUCAAGAUCGGCAGGAGAAGCUGGAGAGGCUCCAGCAGCAGGAGUACUAUUGCAAUCAGUGCGGCAAGACGUACAGAAGGCUAGACACCCUGCGCCGGCAUCAGCGGCUGGUGUGCGGUGACAAGGAGAGUAAUCACGCCUUGAAAGUGGACAAGGCGAGCCUAUAA